AUGGCUUCAACAAUUCAUUAUUCCAUAAACGGCAAAGUGAAUCCACCUGAAGCCAACACAAAAGUUCCUCCCAAAAAGGGAGCUUGGACGCCACAGGAAGACGCCAACCUAGCUGAAGCAAUCGCACUUCAUGGAGCCAAAAGGUGGAAGUUCAUUGCAGCUAGAGCAGGUCUGAGUAGGAAUGGGAAGAGUUGCAGACUGAGGUGGUUGAACUAUCUGAGACCUAAUAUCAAGAGGGGGAACAUAUCAGAACAAGAAGAGGAUUUGAUACUUCGGCUUCACAAACUCCUUGGAAACAGGUGGUCUUUGAUUGCUGGAAGGUUACCAGGACGAACAGAUAAUGAGAUAAAGAACUACUGGAAUUCUCAUUUGCGCAAGAAAAUGAAGCUGCAGAAAGAGAAGAAGAUCAAUCAAAUAGAAUGUUCAAGGAGAGAAGAUCACAAAGACGAACAAGGGGUGGCGAUGGUGGAAGAUAUCCAGCUUAAUCCUGCAGAAGAAUCAGAGCCAACAGUAGAAGAAGGUGAUCAAGAAUAUUCAACCAAGUCCCAUUUUUAUGAGAAUGGAUUCUUUAGUUCCUUCGAUGAAGGUCCCUUAAAUUUGGAGUGGGUUAGUAGAUUCCUAGAAUUGAACUAG